AUGGGGUCUCUUAUAUCGUCGGCCUACCAGUAUAUAUUUCGGAAGCGGGAGACGCAAUGGCUUGAUAUUGACGACUUCAACCCCGAUGAGUCGGGUGAGCAAAACCAGCUCAUGCUCCAGGCCUUCGAGUGGUACGUGCCUGAUGACCAGAAACAUUGGCGACGGCUGCUGGCAGCCCUGCCAAGUCUUAAGGCGAUCGGAGUGACCAGUAUCUGGCUCCCACCGGGCUGUAAGGCCAUGAGCCCGUCCGGCAACGGGUAUGACAUCUACGACCUUUACGACUUGGGCGAGUUCGAUCAGAAAGGGUCCAGGGCCACGAAGUGGGGGACUAAGGAGGAGCUUGUUGCUCUUGUGAAGAGGGCGCAUGAGAUGGAGAUUGCGGUCAUUUGGGAUACGGUGCUUAAUCAUAAAGCUGCGGCUGAUCAUACGGAGAGGUGUGUGGCGGUUAGGGUUAAUCCGAAAGACCGCAGAAAAAUCAUCAGUGAGCCCGAGGAAAUUGAAGCUUGGUUGGGUUUUUCAUUUCCUGGUCGGGGGACAAGGUACAGCAAAAUGAAAUAUCAUUGGUACCAUUUUACAGGAGUCGACUAUAAUGCCCGUAAUAAGAAAACAGGGAUAUAUAAAAUCAUGGGGCCCGAUACUAAGGACUGGGCGCGAGAUGUUAGCAAGGAGAAUGGCAACUACGACUAUUUGAUGUUUGCGAAUCUGGACUACUCCCAUCCAGAAGUUCGUGAGGACGUCCUGAAAUGGAUUCAAUGGAUAGGUGACCAACUACCGAUCGCUGGUCUCAGGUUGGAUGCGGUAAAACACUAUUCAGCUGGGUUUCUAAAAGAGUUUAUCGGCCAUGUUCAGCGAACGGUUGGGCCUGGCUGGUUCCUUGUGGCUGAAUAUUGGAAGGUGGAAGUCCGAGAACUUUUGGAAUAUUUAGGACGAAUGGACUACCUGGUCUCGUUAUUUGAUGCGCCAUUGGUCCACCGGUUUUCUCAGAUUUCGAGGACGGCAGGCGCUGAUUUGCGUAGGGUCUUUGAGGGGACUUUGGUUAAAUAUGAGCAGAAACAUGCUGUGACAUUUGUCAUGAACCAUGAUACUCAACCGUCCCAAUCCCUCGAGGAACCCAUAGAAGAUUUCUUCAAGCCGCUCGCAUAUGCCCUAAUCCUCCUUCGCAAAGAGGGCCACCCCUGCCUUUUUUACGGCGACCUGUACGGAAUGUGCGGUGGCUGCCAGGGCAUCCUCAAACCCUCCUGCAAUGACCGACUAGCCGACCUAGCCCUUGCUAGAAAAUUAUAUGCAUACGGUCGACAGCGCGAUUAUUUUGAUAAAAGGAAUUGUAUUGGAUUCGUCCGCCUGGGCGACUCAGCACAUCCAGAUGGUCUCGCUUGCGUCCUCAGCAACGGCCCUGCCGACACGAAGCGCAUGUAUGUAGGAAAAGCGCAUGCGGACAGCGUCUGGACAGAGGUUUAUGGUUAUUGCCGUUCCAGAGUGAAGAUUGACAGUCGCGGUUAUGGUGUUUUUGGUGUGGUGUCACGUAACGUGAGCGUCUGGGUUCGUGAGGAUGCCAUGGGAAGGGAGAGCUUUGGGAAAUUUAAUUCGGAUAUCUACUCAUAUCUAGUUACUGAGUGA